AUGUGGCUGGCACUUAACGGUAAAGGUUCAGUAUCUUUCAAGACAGCAGCUCUUCUUGAGAAAUCUGGUUUCAAGACUGGACUUUUUACUUCACCACAUGUGUCUUGAGUGAGAGAAAGGAUUAGAGUCAAUCGUCAGUUGAUGUCUAAAGAAGAGUUUGUCAAGUACUUUGAUAUCUGUAAGGAUUUUGAGCAAAAGGCAGAAUUAACAUUUGGGUUCUUCCAGAUGAUGCUAUCAAUGGCUUUAUUGUACUUCCAACAACAAAGGUGAGACUAUAUCGUGCUUGAAUGUGGCAUUGGAGGACUGGCAUCUUCAACUAAUGUAGUUGAUUCUGAUUUUGCAGCAAUCACUUCGGUUGGAUUUGAUCAUAGAGAAUCUUUAGGGCCCACUGAAAUGCACAUUUGAAGGAAUAAAGCAGGAAUCAUUAGACAAGAUAUACCUCUAAUUGUUGGUCCUACUAUCCCACUAAAUGUUGUCGAACCAAUUUGUAAAGUUCACAACUCAAAGCUUGUUGUGGUAGACAGUGACACUCAAAAUUUUGUUGAAAUGAAUAAAAGUAUUGCAUAUGCUUUAUACAAAGAAAUAAUUGAAACUGAAAAAGAAAUCCCUCAUGAUUUGAAUGAGGAAGAAAUAGAAGAAGCUUUAGAUGUAACUCAAGAAUGUAGAAUGGAUUUAAUCCCAUCAGAGAAAAUAAAAGAAUUUGCUCCAGGGUUAGAUUGUUAUCCAAAAGCUGCAUACAUGGAUGUUGCACAUAACUCUCCUGCUUUAAAGAGUCUUAUUAGCACAGUAAAUUCAAUUCAUAAAGACUCAAAGCCUUUGCAAAUUUAUGUUAUUUGCACUUUUAGUGAAGGAAAAGAAAUUGCACAAUCUUUGGAAACAUUAAGAUGAGAAACAAAGGUAGUUAAGGUGGUGAUCAUCAAACAUUUCAAACUAAUCAAAGAGGAUAAUGCGAGGAAAUAUAUCUCUGAAGUAAACUCAUCACAGUCUCCUAAUUCUGGGAAAAUUACAGAGUUAUAUAGCCAUGGAGACUUAGAAAAGAAUACCAGAUCUGUUCUAGAGCAAAUCAGUCAAUCAAAAAAUCAAAAUGCUAUUUUGUUGCAUUGAGGUAGUGUAUUUUUGAUGGAAUACAUCAAAGAUCUGUACAAUAUUCCUCAAGAAAAAGAUAUGGAUAAUCUAAACAGCUUGAUGUAA